CUCAAAUUACAUUCCAAUUCCCAACUCAAAAAAGAACAGAAAAAAAAAACCUCUAAGACACUCUUUUCAUUCUUCCCUCGCAAAUAAAACUGAUCUGUUUUAGUGUAAAAUUACUCAUUUUGUGAUGGCUUUAGAAGCUUUGAACUCUCCUACUACCGCUACGGCUCCGUUUCACUUCGAAGACGUGGCCAACCUUAACUACCUGGAGCCAUGGGCCAAGCGCAAGCGCUCCAAGCGUUGUCGUCUCGAUCACCCUCCCACCGAAGAAGAGUAUCUUGCUCUCUGCUUAAUCAUGCUCGCUCGCGGUGGUGCCGAUCAACAGCGCCGGAAGUUGACUCCUACUCGUGCUCCGGUAGAUCAUCAGAUGGCUACUACCUUGCCAACGAAGCUGAGUUACAAGUGCUCUGUUUGUGAUAAGGCUUUUCCUUCUUAUCAAGCUUUAGGUGGACACAAAGCUAGUCAUAGGAAAGGAAACGGAGGAGAAUUAGAUCAGUCUACGUCUUCAACCACCACCAAUGGCACCACUACGUCUGCCGUGGGUACCGUAGUAUCUAACAGUACUGUUAAGGCUCACGAGUGUUCCAUCUGCCACAAAUCUUUCCCCACCGGUCAAGCCCUUGGGGGACACAAGAGGUGCCACUACGAAGGCGGGGGUGCCUCCGCGGCUUCCGCCGCAGCCGCCACUGCGAAUAGCACUUUGACCACAACCUCUGAAGGCAUAGGGUCCACUUCCCAUACUCACGCCUCGUUGAGUCAAAGCCACCGCGGCUUUGACCUGAACCUACCGGCUCUACCAGAAUACUCCCGCGAUUUCUUCGUCUCCGGCGACGACGAGGUUGAAAGUCCCCACCCGUUCAAAAAGAUCCGCCUUACGAUCUCACCCCCGAAGAUAGAAAUCGCCGAACACCACUCAAAUUAGGAGUCUAAUUUAUCUACUUAUAUUUACUUUUUAGAAUCCGUUUAUCAAAUUAGGAAACUGGAAUCUUCAUGUUUUUUUAGACACAUUUUUCCUGUACAUAGAAGUUCAGAAUUAUUUUGAUUAUUAGUUAGCUUGGUCAUAUGUAAUAGUUAAAAUUCAAUUAAUUCAAUUGUUUUUUAUUA